GUAGUUUCAUUCAACAUUUUGGCCGCUGCAUGCCAUUCAGGAUAGCCGUAGGAAUCACUUCGAUCGAAUCCCACCAGCCCAGAUAUGAUUAAAUACGUGUGGCAUGUGGCAGCUCUGAUGAUUGUCUUCUGUUGGCUGUCAAGUGCGCGUAGUGCCAGUUAUCAGCAGCAGCAAUUGAAUAGCCUGGUCAUGGAUCAGAAGCCUCAACAGCAACAGAAUCGGAUACAGCAGGCAUCGAGUGGCACUAGUCCGGUUAGCUUUUGGAAGGACAUGUCGCUGAUUUAUCGCAUAUAUCAGCAAUGUACUGGUGAAAAUAUGUCCGUUUGUCUAAAGGUGAAACUACUAACUGGCCUGGAAAAGGCUUUCCGUUCGGCAAAAUCCUUGACUCUCUUCGAGGGUGUUCAGUUUGUGAGCAGCAGUCCGGACAAUCAGCAGCGAUCCAAGCUGCCAUCGAUCAGUGAACAGGAUAUUGAGGCUGUACUGCCGCGUGGAGUAGAUGCCAAGGAGCAGGUUCUGAAUAGCAUGAUUAUGAAGCGUGUUGGCAACUUUCUGCAAGAUCACACUCUACAGAUUAAAUUCCCUGAUCUACGCGACACGGAUAGCAACAAUGUAGAGGGACGUAAGAAGAAGAAUAAAAAGGGCAGUGGAGCUUAUAUAAUGAUUCCCUUGCUGCUUGGCCGCACAUUUGUGCCAAUUGCCUAUGGAGCCUUGGCUAUGCUGGCCGGUAAAGCCUUAAUUGUCUCUAAAUUGGCGCUGGUAUUGGCAUCCAUAAUUGGCAUCAAGAAACUAUUGAGUGGCGGCGGCGGAGGCAAGUAAUCCUCUCAUGAAGUUGUUGUCUCCUCUGGCGGCCAUUCGUGCUGGGGUCGGGACUUUGAUAUGGCCUACAGCGGCUGGAAGCCGGCAAAGGAUUCGGCGGGCAGCGGCAAAAGCUUGUAGACCCACCACGCG